CAUCGGAUAACGCCGCGAGAAGGUCACACGGGAUCUUCCAGUAUGGCGGCGGCGGCGGCGCUGCGGGGAGGCUGGUGCCGCUGCCCGCGGAGAUGCCUUGGAGGUGGAGUCCAUUUUCUUUCCAGCCACAACCUAGUGCCACUACCCCAUGGUACCUAUCAGAUGCCCCGGCCGAGUGGAGAGCUGACCCUGUCCAAAUCCUAUUCUUCUGGAAACAAGAAAGGCUUUCUCUCCGGCUUGCUAGAUAACAUCAAACAAGAAUUAGCCAAAAACAAAGAAAUGAAAGAAAGUAUAAAAAAGUUCCGAGACGAGGCGAGGAAGCUAGAAGAGUCAGAUGCGCUCCAGGAAGCCAGAAGGAAAUACAGAACCAUCGAAUCAGAAACCAUGCGGACGGGGGAGGUGAUCAGGAAGAAGCUGGGGGAGAUGACCGGCACCGUGAAGGAGAGUUUUGACGAAGUCAGUAAAAGUGACCUUGGCCGGAAAAUCAAGGAGGGUGUGGAAGAAGCAGCCAAGACCGCCAAGCAGUCGGCUGAGUCUGUGUCCAAAGGUGGGGAGAAGCUUGGCAGGACCGCCGCCUUCAAAGCCCUCUCCCAGGGCGUGGAGUCCGUCAAGAAGGAGAUCGACGAGAGCGUCCUGGGGCAGACCGGGCCCUACCGGCGGCCCGAGCGGCUCAGGAAAAGGAAGGAGUUCUCGGGAGAGAAAUUCAAGGAAGAGAAAGUGUUUGAGGCCAAUGAGGAGGCCCUGGGCGUCGUGCUGCACAAGGACUCCAAGUGGUAUCAGCAGUGGAAGGACUUCAGGGACAACAACGUGGUGUUUAACCGAUUAUUCGAGAUGAAGAUGAAGUAUGACGAAAGCGACAACGCUUUCAUACGGGCGUCCCGCGUGCUGACAGACAAGGUCACAGACUUGCUGGGGGGCCUGUUCUCGAAGACGGAGAUGUCAGAGGUUCUCACGGAGAUCCUGCGGGUGGACCCCGCCUUCGACAAGGACCGCUUCCUGCAGCAGUGUGAGCACGACAUCAUCCCCAAUGUCCUGGAGGCCAUGAUUUCUGGAGAGCUCGACAUUCUCAAAGACUGGUGCUACGAAGCUACCUACAGCCAGUUGGCCCACCCGAUCCAGCAGGCCAAGGCGCUGGGCCUCCAGUUCCACUCCCGCAUCCUGGACAUCGACAACAUCGAUUUGGCCAUGGGCAAGAUGAUGGAGCAGGGCCCUGUGCUGAUCAUCACCUUCCAGGCCCAGCUGGUGAUGGUGAUCAAGAAUCCCAAAGGCGAGGUGGUCGAGGGUGACCCGGACAAGGUACUGCGAAUGCUGUGCGUGUGGGCUCUCUGCCGAGACCAGGGCGAGCUCAACCCCUAUGCGGCCUGGCGGCUCUUGGACAUCUCCGCCUCCAGCACAGAGCAGGUCCUCUGAGCGCAGCAGCCACGACUAGGGCCUCGGGGCUGGAUCGUCACUGCAGACACACGGGGGACUGGUGUCCACCUGCAGCAACUAGACCUCUGGGGACAAGACUGUCAGCUGUGCCCCCGCCGUGCCAGGACUGCUGCAGAGCUAGCGGGAUGCGGCGGGGAGGGGAGGGGCUGCUGUGCACAACGCCAGCCCCAGCGCCGCCCCUCUGCCCCAUGGGGGCUGCUCGGGCCCCGGGCACCCAGGCCACGGGCAGUGCCCAGAGGCCCCCAGCCCAGGGGUACCCUCCCAGGACCCAGUGGUGCGGCCUGGGCCCACUGGCCACAUCAGCCAGGCCGUUUCAGCCUUUUCUUUUUUUUUUUUUUUUAACAGUGCCCUUAUUAUUAUCCUAUACAUACGCAGAAAUUUGGAAAUAAUAAAACAACAAAGUGCAGGAGAGCAA